AUGGAUAAACCAUCUAAACCUAACUUCCUAUACAUGCAAACCCGUUGGGAUAAUGUAGUCCAAAAGGACCAAAAACUUGUGGCCAUUAUCGACAGUCUUAUCAAUCAUUCGUGUAUUGCGACCUCUAAGAAAUUAUUGGUCGGUUCUCAGUUGAGAAUUUGUACUUCUAGUGGACAAUGGAGUGGAACCGAACCCUAUUGUUUAGAUCCACAAGAAUUACCCAAACCAUUGGCAACUAAAUCAAGUUCAACAUUAAGUAUAUUCAUGAGUAUAAUAAGUACUAUUGUGGUCAUUGCACUGGUAGCCGCACUUCUGUAUUAUGUGUUAAAAAUGGGUUAUUUGAGACAGGUGUCGAUACCCAAACUAACAAUUCCUAAAAUCAAUAUACAGAGACCCAGUACUAUUAGACGACAGACUGAAUCACCUGGUUAUGGAAAUGAGGGAACUGUUGCUGAAAAUAAUUCACAUUUAUCUGACUCUUCAACAGCACCACAACAACACCAACAACAACAACAGCCCUUACCUAAGCAAAGAUUAACCAAAAUCAACGAACAUUUGCCAGUAUUUUCAAAGGGAACAGAAUUUCUUGUUGAAGCCGAAGAUGAAGAUUGA